AUGACCAGCCUCAAAGACUUCCGCGUCCUAACCUUUGACGUCUAUGGCACAUUAAUCGACUGGGAAACAGGCGCCCUAACAGCUCUUCAACCCCUCCUAGACGCGAACAACCGCACCGACUUCACCCGCAAGCACCUCCUGGACACCUACCACGAAUGCGAAGCCGCGCAACAGGCCCAAACCCCAGACCUCCCCUACGCCCAGCUCCUCACCACGAUCCACCCCCAAAUCGCUGCCAAGCUCGGCCUCGCAUCCCCGCCGCCGUCCGCCGAAGCCUCAAAGGCCUUUGGCGACUCCGUCGGCUCCUGGCCCGCGUUCCCGGACACGGUCGACGCCCUCCGCCGGCUGGGUAAGCACUACAAGCUCGUCGUCCUCUCCAACGUCGACCGGGACUCGUUUGCGCUCAGCAACGCGGGGCCGCUGGCGGGCGUGCCGUUCGAUCUUGUUGUCACGGCGCAGGAUGUCGGUUCGUAUAAGCCCGACCAGCGCAACUUUACGUAUAUGCUGCGCGAGGUGAAGGAGAGGUUUGGGGUUGAGAAGGAGCAGGUGCUGCAGACGGCGCAGAGUCAGUUCCAUGAUCACCAUCCGGCCAAGGAGGCCGGUAUCAAGUCGUCUUGGAUUGUGAGGCCUGGGGCGGUGAUGGGGAAUAGGGAUCGCGAGGUGUUUGAUUGGAAGUUUGAUACGUUGGGGGAGAUGGCUGAUGCGCUUGAGAAGGAAUUGGCUUGA